GCAGCCGGGCUUGGCGGGGGGCGGGCGGGGGCGGCGGCAGCGCUCUCCGGCACACACGGCGCCCGGGGCCCCGCUCGCCCGCCGGUGGACCUGCUCUCCAUCCCGCCGGACUGCCCGUGGCCAAACCGCCUUUGCCCUUUGCGGCAUCUCCCUCCUCCUCCUCCUUCUCGCCGCGAUGAUUCGCACAGGACGCGGCUAGUGCCCCCGGAGCGCUCCGCGGGACUCGGCUGGCCUCUCGGAGGUUAUUUUGGGCAAGCAGCCGGGCGGGCUGGGCGAGCGGCGGAGGGCGGCGGGGGAGCGCUGCCGGGGCCACCCGCUGCCCGGCGCGGGUUGCCUGCAUGGCUCCCGGGCACUGUAGAGACUGUGGGGGCUGCUGCUGAGCAACAAUACAGUGCUUUAAACUCAACUUCUCACAGCAAGCCAGGAUGGCAACACUACUGGAGCUCUGGAGCUGCCAAGGGAGCCGGGGAACCUGGGUUCUGUUUGUCACUGUCUAAUAAAUGGGAGUAAAAUGGAAUUUCUUACCUGGGUUUUUCCUGCCUUGGUUCUACUGUGCACCCAGCAGCACAGGUGUAUCAGAGCUAUGAGUGACAUCGGAGAUUACAUAGGUUCCAACAUCGAAAUAUCCUGGUUACCCAACCUGGAUGAUUUGAUGAAAGGGUAUGCACGUAAUUUCAGGCCUGGGAUUGGAGGUCCUCCUGUUAAUGUUGCUCUUGCAAUUGAAGUAGCCAGCAUUGACCACAUCUCAGAAGUGAACAUGGAAUAUACCAUGACAGUAUUUUUGCACCAGAGCUGGCGAGAUGACCGUCUGUCUUACAACCACACCAAUGAAACUUUGGGCUUAGACAGCCGGUUUGUGGACAAGCUCUGGUUGCCAGAUACUUUCAUAGUAAAUGCCAAGUCUGCUUGGUUCCAUGAUGUGACUGUGGAAAACAAACUUAUCAGGCUGCAGCCAGAUGGAGUCAUUUUAUACAGCAUCAGGAUUACCUCAACAGUGGCCUGUGACAUGGACCUUUCCAAGUAUCCCAUGGAUGAGCAAGAAUGCAUGUUGGAUUUGGAGAGCUAUGGCUACUCUUCAGAGGACAUUGUCUACCACUGGUCAGAAAACCAGGAGGAGAUCCAUGGGCUAGAUAAGCUGCAGCUUGCUCAAUUCACGAUUACCAACUACCGCUUCACAACAGAAAUUAUGAACUUCAAAUCUGCAGGUCAGUUUCCCAGGCUCAGUCUCCACUUUCAUCUUCGACGAAAUCGAGGAGUUUACAUCAUUCAGUCUUAUGUUCCUUCUAUCUUACUAGUGGCCAUGUCGUGGGUAUCCUUCUGGAUCAGUCAGUCAGCUGUGCCUGCCAGAGUGUCAUUAGGUAUAACUACCGUUCUUACUAUGACUACACUGAUGGUCAGCGCCCGAUCUUCGCUUCCACGAGCAUCUGCCAUCAAGGCGCUUGAUGUUUACUUCUGGAUUUGCUAUGUGUUUGUCUUCGCUGCACUGGUAGAAUAUGCAUUUGCACAUUUCAAUGCUGACUACAUGAAAAAGCAGAAGAACAAGAUAAAGGCGAGAAGGCAGAGUGGAGAGGUCAGUAAGAUAAAGGCGAGAAGGCAGAGCGGAGAGAUAAACGUGAAGAAUGCCAUCGUUCUGUUUUCCCUUUCCAUAGCUGGUGUGAACCAGGAACUGGCCAUUUCCAAUAGGCAGCACCGAAUUCCCAGAAGCCUGCCUGGAUCAUAUGGCACAAUAGAAAUAGAAACUGGAGAGACAAAACAGCAGCACAUAAUGAAACUGGAUAAAAAGAGUGGUCUGAAGUCCCUCUUUAAGCCCAUUGAUGCUGACACCAUUGAUAUAUAUGCCAGAGCCGUGUUCCCAGCAGCAUUUGCAGCAGUCAAUGUUAUAUACUGGGUUGCGUACACGAUGUGAAAAAAAAAAAAAAAAAAAAAAAAAAAGAAAGAAAGAAAAUUCAUGUGGAGAGCUACAAAAUGAACAAUAGCUUUGGACUAAAAAGCCCUUGCUGUAACUGUAUUGAUACAUGUCUUCUCAAAAUAUUUUCCAACAAGCUUGAGACACUUCUAAAGUCAAGAGAGUCCUGCUACCAAUUCCUACUAAAAGCAGCAAUUUAUUACCGGUCUGAUUUGAUACAAUAAUAGCUGUACUCUGCCAAACAAUCCCAGCUCCUUAUUUCCUGUAUUACCAUAAGACAGUUUUACAUAUGUACAUACUGCAGCAAAAGUUUAAAUCUUAAAUUACCAUGUUUUUCCUUCACUUUAAAGGUUGAUCAGUAAUGAAGAUUUGGCUUUUCACACUCAGAUCAUUUCUUUUUUUGUAAUGGAAAAGCUAAUUCCUUACUUCCACAUGACUGAUUUUCUGCAUCUGGCCUUCUGUGGGAUGGUCUAGGUUUAACAGGAGUGCUGAAGAUGGAGUUUUUAAUCAUAAAAAUCUCAUGAACAAAGUAAAAGAGAAUACAGGAGAGUGGAGACUUUUUCUUAAAUUAUUUGUCUUGGAUAAAUUAUUGAAAACAUUUCAAUGCUCUUAGUCACAGCAUGAAAUAAAAUAUACUACAUAAAAUUCUACUGAAUUGUUAAUAAUGACUGUAUUACAUUUCAGAUCUAAGCUAAUGAAAGUUUAAACACUUAAACACAUUAAUGUUUAUUAGUUUAAUAGGCCCCAAAAUAGAUGAAAUUAUUUAGAAACACAGGGAAAGCUCAGGCUUCCUAUGUUGGAUUGGGAAAAAUUUUAAAGGUGCUUGAUAAUGAAAUAACUCAGAUUCCAUUUUCAGGAAAGACUUUAGAAUUCAUUCUGUUAAUUUUUAGUGAAUGUCUACCAUGUGUGCCUCUGAAAAUAUCCUUUUUGCAUCUGUCCCUAAAUAGCCGAGUGAAGUAAAAAAAUGUCAUAACUGGCUUUAAGUUACUUGGUUGCUUUGGAUAUUCUUGCCAUUUUUAUUCAGAGGCUGAUCUAAUAUGUUAGGUCUCUUCACUUCCAUUAUUUGAAAUUUGUGGGUAUUUGCUGCCUAAUUCAGGACUAGAUUCUCUCACCCAACUCAUGCAAAAUAACACUUUGUUCUGUAAAUAAUUCCAGUGAGCUCAGCAAAUGAAUUCACAACAGUAUUCACAACAAACAUAAGUUUCACAAUUAAUCUUUAAAAAACUCCACAGUAAAUAUAUUGGGGUAUGGAUUAAAACAACUGAAAUACUGUUAGUAUAGGAAACCAAUGUCAGGCACUUCAAAAGGGAAAUUGUUUUUUGAGGAUUUUGUUGCCUUGAGAGUGAGAGGUGGUUUUAUAUAUAGAGGCUGACAUAAAAGAAAAUAUGAAAAGAGAGAGGGAGGGAAAGACUAAAGCAAAGAAAGUGGUUGAAAGGUAUGAUGGAAGGGAGCAUGGGGAGGUGCAAGGUUGAACAAGCUAAAAACUGUACGUAAGAGAAGAGCUGCACUGGGAUUUGAAGAUGGGGAUCUCGAACAUAGUGGCUAAUGAUUAAUAGUUGAAUUGCAAUAAGGAUGAAACAAGCAUCUGAUCACAGUGGAGUGUGGGCACAUUCCUCCUGCCUUACUUCUCUGUGACAUAUGGUUUGAUUUCAUAUGACCAGCACUGAAAGAUAGAGCAUUUUAACACAGAUUCAUAACUUAAAAUUUGUUCAGUAUCACUGAAGUAAGAGAAUGCUUUGAAGAAAAAAUAAUGAUGCUGAACUGAGCUAUAACAGAAAAUAAGCUCCCGUGGUAUUUCAGACUUAGGUUCACCUCAGUCUUUAGCUUCUGUUAUAACAGAAAAACUAUCUGCCGAGAGUGUGCUUGAAAGCACAAACUAACAUCGAACUGUAAUUGUUCCACAAUGUUCUCACCAGUCUAGCCCUGGACUGAGACACCCAAAUUUUGCUCCAAGAUCUUGCCACUGACUUUGGGGAAUCUCAGUUAAUUCAUUUCACUGCAUCAUCUGCAAAAUUGAUACAAUGAUACUGAUUUCUUUCCUAUAUCUUUGAGUUUUACAGAAGAAAAACCCUUCAGGAGAGACAGAAACUCUUACCCUCCAACUAGGUAAGUGCAUCCAACUAGUACUUAUGAUGCUAUUUGCCAUAGUUUCUGAAUUAAAGCAAAAUAUUAAUUUAAUUCACCUCAUCCAGAAAGCUCAUGAAAUUCUGCAUCUCCUUCCAUAUUACGCAGGUAAUCAGGCUUCUUUUUCCUCCUGCUUCUCCUCUUCCUAUAUUUUUCUUGUGUUUGUUCCUGAUGUUGACGAAAUUCUACAUUACAGAAAUACACAAUUUUUUUCUAAGUGUGUUUUUGGUCAUAAUCACUUUCUCCCCAAGGAAGUUCAACCUCUCCUGCUCUCUUCUGAAUCAUUCUUGCUGUUUUAUAUAAUGAUUAAGUGCAGAGUGGAAUAAAACGAGCACAAGCAUGACUUUACAAUGUGUUUUCCUUACUACGUUGUUGCUUUUUCCAUGGUCCUGGGUCAGGUCCUUGACGUAUCUUAAGUUCCCUUUCUACCUCUCCUUUCAGCUUAAAACCAAACUUUUUUUCAGUUUACGGCUGACCUGAUUCUUGUCUAGCCUUGGAUGCCUCAGAAGUUUAAAUUUAACUCUUGGAUGAUGCACUUCUAUAGGCAAGGUGAGAUUGUAGCAAGCCUGAAAUACUCUGCUCAGCACUUUGAACAGUAUCCCCACAACAAUAUUACACCCUUUAGAAAGGCCAUAGUGCCUUAUUCUUUUCUGUUACAUUUACAUAAAUCAGAAAUAAUCUUCGGUUUAAAAUCAGUAGAUUAACUACUGCUGCAGAAAGUAGAAUCUAACUUUUUUGUAUCCUGCUUGUUUCUCUAGCUAUUAGUUUAUUACAUUGCCUGUCAGGGUCAGUAUCUACUACUGAUAGUAUCUACUACUUCAGUAUCUACUGAAAUUAUUGACUAAAUUCAGCUGAAGAAAUACUCGCAGCAAGUUCCUAUGGAGUAUAAAUCAUAAGAAAAUAAUUCAUGAUUUCGGAAUUAAAGUUGUUAAAGAGCAGAGAACAAAGCAUUGACCCAGUCCCACUAGUGUGCACUGGCUGGUUAUUUGGAGUACUUAGCAAGAAGGAGGAGGCAAAUAUUAUGAAGGCAAUGUCUAAUCUAAUUAUUUCAGCAGUAAUAGUUUGUAAUUGUGCACCUGACAUAACUUCUUACAUUGAAGCCAACUGAGUAAUCACAUGGGGUUAUUGGACAAAAUUAGUUGCUUCUCCAUCUGGGAGACAGCCAUGGGCUGCGUGCCCUGCUGACUUCUUCAAAAGGUUUAUUCAGUGAAUUUGUUCUCUAGUUUGACUGCUGAUCUUCAAGGUGCACAGCUCAGUUGUGACUAAUCAAAGCAAAGGUGAUAGAAAUCUUUUCCUCACAAAAAUACCCCAGCCAGAAUGCUAGACUAUCACAAUGUUGGAGACAGAAGCAUAAAUAAAGGGGAAGACAUUGCAGGCACUCAGAAAUGUGCACUGUGAGCAUACAUAUGGCAAUUGUGUCCAUUUCAGGAACAAGGUGACUCAGAGGGGAGAACAGGUGUUUCAGCUACUGUUACUGCACUUGCAUGAGUAGCACAAGACAAAACACCUCCAUCAUCAAGAGUGGGAUUUUCUUAAAUCUGUUUCCAGAGCCAGAAAUAGAAAAGUCAGAUGCCAUUCAAACUCUUUCAAGGAGAAACUUCAGUACAAGAGUAUGGUGUAAUGACUGGAGUUUUGCAUAAAUUUGAAUCUUCUGUAUUUUUGCCUGUGCUUUAUUUGUAUUUUUUUAUUAUUUGAAAUCAUCAUACUUAAAAAUCAUCAAACAUUAGUAUGCUAGGCAUAUUAACACCUAAAGACAAUGACCUAUUCAACUCUAAUUUCAUUAUGCCCUUAAUAAACAG